AUGUCUUCCAUUGUUGGCUUGAACGAUGGUGCGGAUGAACAGAACAAGUGGGUGCGUGUGUUGAAGGAUGUGGAGGAGGUCUGUGUGAGACAGGGUGGGCGGCGAAGGAGCGAUGCUGCCGAUGUGCUUCGCAACCGCAUCAACAAUGAAAUGCCGGCCCCGGAUGCAUCUGUUCCUGGUGAACUUUUGGGUCGUGAAGGAGCCCAAGAGAGGCGAACACUUCAAAAAAUUCGGAGAAUUCAGAAGAUUGCCCGUGGCACGGCUGAAAAUGAGCGCAAUGUGGAAUCAGCUAUGUUCCAAGUCAAACCUUCCAAGUUGGUUGUUCCGACCAGAGACGAACCGCUGUCGAUGUUUGAUCCGGCCACCUGGGGCAUGUCGUUUCCGGAUUUGUUUCCAUGGGGUGAUGGCUUGCCUUUUUUGAAGCGUGAAGCCAACAUGGAUGCAACAGAAGUGUUUCGAUAUUUGUUGCUUCGGGAAGAACUGCAUUACAGUGAGGGUGAGACGUUGCUUCCAGUGAUGUACGACGUGCAGCGUCGAUUACAGUUGAUGCGUGCGACGAAAGCGCAUGUGAUGCGUCGUGGCUUUGGCAAACAUUGUCGUGUUAUUUCUGAAGUCAACACGGACCAAUUGCUCAAGGCAAUGGCAUUGCAUGGAGACAAUGCGGACCUCAGGGAGUUGCUGCGAGAUCCGCAGGUGGAUGUGGCCUUGAAGCGAGCAUUGGGAGGAGUGCUUCAGGCAACUUCGAGCAUCAUUGGCAUGGAAGGGCACCGCAGCCAGAUCCGGUUGCGUGGACAUGCGGCUGGGUGGCAUUAUGGUUCUGCGCAUCUGUUCGUCACGCCCAACAUCGCAGAUAUGCGCUCGUCCUUGCUACUUCAAUUGCACCUGCAGAAUGUCAAAGUGGAAGAGUGCAAAAUUGAUUUGGACUGGGAGGCGGAGAUGCCCGAAUUGCCCAGCGCAGCUGCUAUGCGACGGAUUGUCGCGAGCGAUCCCGUCGCUCAAGCGCGUUGCUUUGCCUUGAUGAUGGAUUUGUUCUGUGAGGAAGUGUUGGGCAUUCUUCCACCUUUGACCAAGGGAAGUUUUCGUGUUGGCGUGGCAGCAACCUUCGAAGAUGGCAUUGCGAGUUCCCUGCAAGGAGGUGUUUUCGGUGAUAUUGUGGCGUUGAACGGCCCGUUGGAGACUCAGGGUCGUGGUUCUUUGCACCCCCACAUGCUUAUUAUCUUGCUGGGACACGACCUGGGAGAUCGCUUGCGGAAACUGAUUCAUCGGGUGCAGCAUGGUGAGUUGGUCGUUGAGUUGCAGCGGUGGAGUCGUCGUGUUUUGGAGGCUGUGCAGCGUUUUCAGUAUGAUUCUCAAUUGGCCUUGUCGGAGCAGUUGAGCAGUCCGACACAGCCACUGCCUCUGAAUGAACGUCAGCGAUCAGAAUGUGGUCACCAGUAUGAAUCCGCGCCUUUGGUGCCUACGGAGCCGGAUGGACACGAAUUGGAAGCCUUGAAGUUGGGCGGAUCCGUGGCUGGCAAGGUUUUGACAUUGACCGGAUGCUAUGCUUCUUUGCGACCCAAGUAUCUGCGACGCAGUGAACGUUCUGCGGGAGAUGGUCUUGAGUGGAAGAAAAAAUUCUGUGAGGAUUACAGACGUUUGGUGAUCCAGAAAGCCGUGAAAGGCAAACGUGGGUGUCGCUUUGGUUGCUUUCACGUUGAAAUGAUUCUGGGCAAGGAGGACAAGCCGAAAGUGUUAUGUCGGAAAGGUUGGCCUCGAGUUGCGAAAGCAGGUUUUUCUCGGUUGCAAUAUGAGACAGUAGAUUUGAAGGAGGUUGAAGAGUUCAAAAACGAAAACCCGCAUGUGUUUCAAGCUCGGCGUGAUCACCCUUUUGAAGGGAUGUCGAACCCGGUGGCGCAAGCAGUGAUGCGAUGCAAUGUGGAUGUCAAGUACAUUGGACGCAAUUUUUCAGAAGCAGACCUUUUGAAGUUUUGUGAUGGGAGCAUAGACCAGGAGCCUGGAGUCGAAGUUCCUGCUUCUGCAUCUUCUCUGUUGGAACUGUCCGGGAGUGGAUUGCAGGAGAUGGAACUUCAACGCCCGGCGCUUGGUUCGUCUUCGGAUGCUAUAUCGGGUGCUGAUGCCUCACAUGCAGAGCAACCUGUGUCGACUGAGUUGGAUGCUUCGGAUCCGCCGCCGAAGAAGCAAUGCAUGGGUCGUGUUUUGGACACGGAGCAUAAGAAGAUGCAGACGAUGAGAAAGGCGCUUGAGCGCAUUCUGGUGGACCUUGCAAGAGAUAUGAUGAAUGUUGGUUUUUACACUGGUGAGUAUGCUGCAAAGAAGUUUGAAAUUUCGCGGAGUAUGUUACCUGAAUUGUAUGCAGGAGUGCAGCGAUUGGAAGAGGAGGAAAGGGAAAGGGCAAAGGAAGCUGCAGCGGCCUCCGAGCAGGAGCCCCUGGAGGGGGACAGGGACCCUACUAUGACAGGGCAACAGAGGCGUGCAUUGACGAUUUUGAGAAGACUUGCCUUUGGAAUGAAUCGUUGUGUGGCCAAAUCCAACGGUGAAAUGGCGUAUCAGAUGUUAUUCGAGCAGGAGCAACUGGUGACGUAUCGUGGCUACAACAUGUUCUUCCGCUAUGUGCCGUAUGCAAUCAUGCGUUGCAGACAUGAGGACAUGGAGGAGGUUUUGCAAGCUAGGCCGCAUCUCAAUGGCUCGCCCUUGGAUGUGCUUCCUGACCCCGAAGGAGAGGCACCAGUGGUGGUGGAUGAGUUUGCGGAGGUUGUUGAUGAGGGAGGUGAUGUGCCUAGAGUCCAGCAGGUGCAUGUGAACUUCAACCAGAAAGACGAUUACUUGCACAGGGGCUCUUCGGUUUUGUUGCAAUGCAUGUCUCUUUUGAUGUAUUCUCGCUUCGUUCGCAGAGUUUCGAGGAACAAAGCCGGCAAGGUGGAUGGAGUGAAGUUUUUCGACUUUGAUGAGCACUAUGCCCACUUCAGUUCCUCCGUUCAGGAAGUGAGAGCAGCAGAUGACAGUGUUGUGGUGCCUUCAGAUUUGCACCUUCCGAAGGAUGCUGAGGUGCAGAAGUACGAGGUGUUUGGCGGAGGAAAGAGUUUUGGCCGGUUUGUCUGCUCCGGUCAUCCGGGAUGUUGCAUCAUCCGGGAUGUUGCAUCAGUGCGUUCCUAUGUUGCUGGCAUUGGUGACACCAGCAGUGCUUUUAGAUGUUUGGAGAAGCUGUUCGGUGGAGCAGAAGGAGCGGAUUGUCGCUAUCAUGACAUGCUGCGCAUCUGUGAGCGCGUUGCCUGGUUCGCAGACUUGUCCGUUCCGUUUCAUUACACUCAGUUGACAUCGCAAGAGUUCUUGGCCUAUAUUCAGACAUCGUGGUUGGAGCGUUUCCAGCAGCACUGUGCUGCACGUCGUCUCAGCAGCAGUCGUCGGACAGCUGAGCGUUAUGCUUUGAUGACUGCUUUGGACAAGGAGGAGGACCUGGAAGAUGAUUCGGCACCGCCGGUUAUAGAAGGACACGAGGUCGAGGAUGAUCUGCUAUUGCAAGAAGAGUUGGACAACUUGGAACGUGCGCAGUGGCCGGUGGAUGGAGAAGCAUUGCACGAAGCUAUGUUUCGGGAAGAGGAUUGGAUGAAGGUGUUGGGCAAUCGAAAGCCAUCUGUAUUGCAGGAUGCGUUGCAGCGUUUGCGUGACUUUGUGAAUGGUUUGGGAGGUGUUCCGGAUGCGAGGAUUGAUUUGGGAAUCAAAGGCAACGCAGCCAGUGGAUUGGAGCGUAAUUGGACGUUCGCCGAAGCCCAGAGGUCUUUGAUGCUGCAGAAGCAAUAUUUGGAAUUUUGCGUUGGAGGUGGUGAAGAGGAUACUGAGAUGAUGGCAGAUCAUGUUUUUCGGCCUUUGCCAGAGACGGAAGAUGCCUUUUUGGUGGAGCUGAACCAGAGGAAUGUGGGUCCGAGUGAUUAUGCUUCUGCCUUGCUUGUGGAGCACAGUCUGAAUCGCCAACAGAUUUUGGCCAUUGCGCCCAUUGCUUGGGUCAUGGAACAGAUGUGGCUUAACCGAAGCAAUCCGGACAAUUGCAUUGCGGAUGGUGCGUGCAAUGAAAGGUGCAAUUGUCUUUGGCUCGGAGCUGGUGGAUCUGGAAAGACGUAUGCAUACAGCAAAGUAUUGAGGCCACUCUUUCGACGCUUCUUUGGACAGGAUGGUUAUGUUGCUGGUGCUCCGACUCACGCUGCUGUUCGCCUCCUGGGGCCUGAGGCCAAAACUUUGCACAAGUGGGCCAAUGUGCACAAGAGCAGCAGCUUGGAUCGCCGCUCCUUGCGUUCGGCGAAGAGCAAGGGCAGCCCGAUCGAAAAGAAGAUCGAAGGCAUCAUGGCCAUGCUGUUGGACGAGUUGUCGAUGGUUCCUUCGGAUGUGUACCAUGCUGCUUCGCUUCGAUUUGCCACUGUUCGACAAGCUCGACUUAUGCUUGACAUGGGCGAUUACUUGAAGCAGUGGUUUGGGAAGGUGCCCAUUGGUGUGCAAGUUGCUGACUUUCUACAAUUGCGACCCACUGCGCAAGCAUCCUUGUGCGAAUGGGUGGAUGCGCCACGAGCUACUGAUCCUGCACCGCCUCAAGACCAAGAAGACCAAAGCGAUGCCGAAGAGGCCGUGGAGAAGGAGGCGGCUGAACGCACCAGCAAUGCCUCAGAACUUGGACGGAUCGCGUUCAAGCAAUCGCUUCAGCGAGUUGUGCACUUCACUGGAUCCGGUCGUUUUUCGAAGUGUGCAUCCGGACAGCAGCUUGUGAGGAUUCUUUUGUCCAUGCGGCGAGGCGAACAUCUGGAGGAUGCAUUGUGGGGAGCUUUGGAAUCUCGAGUGAUCAGCCGAGAGCAACUUUUUUCUGACAAUUCCUUGCGCUCAAGGUUGUUGAGUGCUCACUGGGGCGGCCUGGCGUGGGAACAGGUUGCUCGUUUACAGCAUUUGCGGGUGGCUUGGGAAGCUCAACAGAGGUCCACGACUCUUUUCUUGGUGCAAGCUAUUGAUCGUGCAUCGGGGCCCACAGAUUUGACAAGGGAGCAGAGCCUGAAGGCAUUGCAGGUUGUGAACAUGACAAGAACGCAGUAUCUCAUGGGCAUUUGCCCUUUGUAUGAAGGGAUGGCAGCACGUGUUAGUUGCAUUUUGGACAUGCCGAUGCUGAGUCGAGAGUUGCCGGUCAUUGUUCGCUCCAUUAAGUUGCACCCGAAGGAACCUGUAAUUUCAAACAGCAGUGGACGUGUCGUUUUGCAAUAUCAGCCGUUGGCCGUCUUGGUCGAGAUCGAUGACCCGGAAUAUCGUGCCAUUGAAUUGCCAGAUGGCAGUGCUCCGAAGGGACACGUUUGGCUGCGUCCCGUUACAUGUGAUCAGGCCUGGGAUCUUCCUCUUGGGGGCAAUCAAUUUAUGCAGGUUCAUCGCAAACAGUUGCCACUGGCACCUCGUCACGUUCUCACGCACUACGGUUUGCAGGGCAUCACUGCCAGACAAGGGCUGCUUGCUUUCAUGUCCAAACCGUCCUGGAUGAGUCAAGCGGACUAUGGCUUGGCUAUGUACGUGAUGUUGUCAAGGCCAACCAAGCUGGAAGAUCUGUGGAUAGUGGAUUUGCCGCCUCGCAAUGUGUUCGAAAAGUUUCUGCACGAACACAAUCCUCUUUUGGUGCAGCGGAUGCGGGAGUUUGAAGGUCAGGCCUGCGUGGACGAGCGGAAGGCGCUGAAGUAUGUGCAUAGACUUUCAUGGCAGUGCAUCCCUUGGGUGUCACAGCAUUUGUCUGCAGAUGAAAUGUCUGCUGAUCUUUUUGCUUAG